UGAAUGCUUCCUCUGUGUUUUGAGGAGGCUUCGUGUUGAUGCUGAGUCUGGAGCCAGACUUCUCUUUCCUCCUCCUCUUCCUUUGGCCCAGAGUCAAGUCAGUUAAGAGAGGUACCUUUGCUGUUUGGGUUACUUGACCACUGGGAGUUACGGAAUAAUCCAGUAACUACUUUUGCAUUUUAGGACUGAAGGUUUCUUUCUCCUCUUUGCUACCCUCCCAUCCCCAAAUGAGCUUGCUGAAAAGGAGGCUUAGUGUGUUUGAGAUGUCAGCUUCACCAUCAUGAGCUGAUGGAUGCUCAGAAGGACAGGCUCAGUUUGUCUGCAGGAAAUGUACCUGAACAUGGGGCAAGAGGCCUAUGCAGGACUUGUUUAAGGGCUGCUAAGAGACUGGACAAGAUGCUCAGAGUACAGAAAAAGUUCAUUUUAAUGGCUUUUCUUGUUUUCAUUUUAUAAAGGCCCUUAUUCACCUUGGAGGAGAAAGUUUUCACUCAGUACUUGUUUGUUUAACUGAAGACUUGCCACAUUUCUGUUUUGAGUUCCUGCUUGUAAACAGUUACAAAGGUGCCCAACAACUUCUCUUGGAAUGUGAAAUUAGAGGACUUGGAGAAUUCUUCAUUUGAAGAGAAAGUUCAAUUGGGGAAGUGAGGGUUGGGCAUCUUCAAGUUUUUAAGACUGUCUAGAGUAUUUGUAGAGCCAAGAGAAAAGAACCCAGUGGCCUUACUCCUUCAGGUGGAAUAUUGUGCGACAUGGGAAAGAAAAGCAAGAGGACAGCUGAUAGUUCUUCUUCAGAGGAUGAGGAGGAGUACGUCGUGGAAAAGGUGUUAGACAGGCGUGUGGUUAAAGGGCAGGUGGAGUAUCUGCUGAAGUGGAAAGGCUUUUCUGAGGAGCACAAUACUUGGGAACCUGAGAAAAACUUGGAUUGUCCUGAACUAAUUUCUGAGUUUAUGAAAAAGUAUAAGAAGAUGAAGGAGGGUGAAAAUAAUAAACCCAGGGAGAAGUCAGAAAGUAACAAGAGGAAAUCCAAUUUCUCAAACAGUGCUGAUGAUAUCAAAUCCAAAAAAAAGAGAGAGCAGAGCAAUGAUAUCGCUCGGGGCUUUGAGAGAGGACUGGAACCAGAAAAGAUCAUUGGGGCAACAGAUUCCUGUGGCGACUUAAUGUUCCUAAUGAAAUGGAAAGACACAGAUGAGGCAGACCUGGUUCUCGCAAAAGAAGCUAAUGUGAAAUGUCCACAAAUUGUGAUAGCAUUUUAUGAAGAGAGACUGACAUGGCACGCAUAUCCUGAGGAUGCGGAAAACAAAGAGAAAGAAUCAGCAAAGAGCUAAAGGAAGGGGUGGCUUCUGUCGUUUCUCUUUGUACAUAACACAUUCACCUCCUUGCCUCCUCUCUCUCUCCUGCCCACCCCCUUCUAUCCUAAACACAUCCAUAAAAGAAAACAAAAUGUGCUUAUCACUGUGGUCCACGGGAGAAUGUUGAGAUUGGUUCUCUUGUAACAUAACUGAUGGUCUGAUUCAUGAUCGUGUAUCUGGUUGAAGACCAGGCAUUCACAAACUGUGUGGCGUCCCCACGAUGUUUUCCUUUGCCCUGAUCUUUUCCUUCUGCUCCCCUGUGACCUCAAGAUGAAUUUUAACUUUUUAAUCACCUUAGAGUCUUGCUCUUUUUCAGAGUUGAUUGCUUUUUGGAUUAUGACAAUGAUGAGGAAUGUGGAUUUCUGGCUUUGGUUCUUAGAUCAUGUCAAUGAUGAGCUGACCUUUGUUUUGAUAGGUUGGGAUGGAAAGGAUGUUAAACAUCUUUUAAAAAGCCAAUUAUCAACUGCCUACCUGUUGGGGCUUUCCCAACCUCAUUUAGCUCUCCCCAGGGGAAUCCAGGGUCUCUGGUGUGGUCUUCAGGCCUGCCCUGUGUCUUCACCCUCACCUAUCCUUCCAGAACAACUUCCCUACUUUUGAGGGCUUGAGACUUGUAACCUCUACAUUGACAUUUGUCAAGGCACUCCUUUUAUCCCCAGGACUUUAGGCCUUGGUUUUAGCCAUCCCUGAUUCUGCUUCUGUAAAGCAUUGUCAAUUUGUCAUGAAAUAACCAGAUUGUUAACUGAGGAGACCCUAUGCAAUACUGCCAGAGGAUGGUGGGGUAUGGGCAGGAUAGGGUUGUCUUUAUUAUCAGCCAAUAUGUAUUCUUUCCUUCCAUCCUUCAUGUGUAGACCAUGUGUUUAUGUCGGUGUGAGUGAUUGCCUGGUGCUUGCUUGUGCCAAGGUGCUAAGCACCCUCCAACUCUGCCAACUUUUGUGGCCUCCCAAAGCAUUCCUGUUACCAAAGAGGCUUCAGAUCUGACUCUUGCUCCUCAGUGGACCCAAGUUUCCCUUCCAUGCCAUUAUUUUCAGUGGGGAAGUCUUGGAGGGGAGCCACUGGCCACAGUAUUUUAAAUAUUCAUAGCAGUUUCAGUCCUCGGUUCAUCUUUCUUGACUCCUGGGUUUGCCACCAAGAGUCCUCCGAGGAUUACUACUAUUCUUUCCUUUUUGCCUCUUUCAAUCCUUAAAAAAUGAAUUUCCAUAGGAGACAACCAUCUUGGUAAGUGACAGGUCCUGUUCUUCGCACUUUGGCAUAACUUUCUUCACUAUUCAACAAAACAUUUCCCUAUUGUCUUCCUCUUGCUUUGCUAUUGUAUUGAGAGGUCAUUUUCUGAUCAUAUCCUUCUAGCUUUGUUCCCCAAGAAAGGCCCUACUUCUCUGUCCUUUUCUUCUUGUGGUUGAGAGGCAGGGCUAGAGAGCUAGGGCAAAGUAAGGAGAGCAGGGUUUUUGAGCAUCACUGUCCCAGCCCCAAAGGUGAGGAAAGGAAGAAGUGCUUGAAAUAGCCUUAAUUCUAGAGUUCAUCAGCCAUUGAAGUUCCUUUGGAUUUUUAAAACACAUAGCUAUCUGCCAGGAGCAUCCAACCAUUUUAAGAUUAUUCAAAGUAAGGAGGAGAAAGGGAGGAUUGCUCCAGUCCACAGAUGAGCCAAAUAAUAUGCAAAUCAUAGACCCAUUCAUAGCAUUUGUUAACAUUGCUUCUCUGUUCACUGCUGAUUGAUUAUGUAUGCUUAUAUAAAUUAUGUCAGGAAUGACACUGUACAGUCAAGAAGACAGCUGUUGCCGUAGUGACACGCAGCGUGACACUGAAGUGACACUGAAGCCCUGGGUGUAAGUCAGCCAGGAAAGUCCUUCUGAAUGGUAAUGUGGUUGGAUGAGCUCAGCCCAGGCCUCCCAUGCGGGGAGUAGUUCUCUCCAUAUUCUAUUUCUCUCUGAAGGGACUGGGAGGCUACAUCAAGUGUUGGAUAACUGACUUGUUUGUACUUGAUCUAACAAGCAUCAGAAAGUACAGUCAGAAAACAGCUUUGUCAUGCAAGUAACCAAGGGUAUUUUUAGAGUAGGUAAGCAUAGGACAAAAGUAGAGCCAGGAAGGGUUGAUCAAAACUAUAAUCCUAGCUACUUGGGGAGACAGAGAUUGGGAGGAUGAAAGUUGGAAGUCAGCUUGGGCAAAAAAUUCACAGGUCCCCAUCUUAGGCAGUAAUAAGUGGGGCACAGUGGCAAAUGCCUGCUAUCCCAGCUAUACAGGAUCAUAGUACAGGCAGAAAGUGAGGCCUUACCUGAAAAAUAAUGAAAGCCAAAAAGGUCAGAGGUAUGGCGUAGUGUUACAGCACCCAUCUAGCAAGUGUAAGGCCCCAGUACAGCACACGCACGUACACACACAUAAAAGGAAAAUAGGACAAAAGUAGAGCAGAGCUCCUGAGAAGGUGACUUUUUUUUGGCAUGUGGCAAAAAAAAAAAAAAAAUUAUAGCCAGUGAAUAGCCAUUGUAUAAGAAAGCAUCGGUGUUCAAUUCUGAGAUUGGCCUGAGGCAUCUGGGCUAUAUGGCCAUGGCCAUAGUUUAUAUUUAAGAUCUUCAUCAGAAUCUCAGUUUCUUUUACUAGAAUUACCCCAGUAUUGUGUACUGUUUAUUACCCCUUUAAUACUCCUCACCUUUUUCUGUAAUCAGUUUACCGAAUCAUGAUUUUCAUUUCUGUUGUAUCUUUUGAGACAGUGUCUCACUGUGUCUGAUCAGGUUGGCCUUGAACUUGUCAUCCUGCCUCUGCCUCCCAAAUGCAGUCUGCUGGUUUUUUACUGUGGUCUAUCAUAUAUGUGGACUUACAUACUCCUUAUGUAUUUCUUCAUAGCUGUUCUCUCUUUUGCUACACAGCUGGCUCUAUAGGAAAGUAGGGAGGCACCAGUGCUUAUUUCAGUGCUCAGCAUGAAGGAGAGCAGAUAACUGCCUGUGCAGCUAGCAUUUGUUGGUGCAUGGGUGACUGCAGCCACGAGCAGAAAAUGUGGAUUCUCUUCUGGCCAAACACUCUUAAAAACACCUCUGUCUCAGGUGCUCCAAGUGUAUUUCCCUCUGCUUACUCCUCUUUGAUGACAUCUUUCUAAUAUGAAAUUUCAUUUCAUUCCCCCAUUCGCCGUUAGCCCUGUCUACAGAGCAGUGCAGUGCUUCUCCCUAGUGGAGUCUGCCAAGGACAGCUUAGCGGGCGUUCUGGUCCUGGGCUCUCAUGUUACCAGCAGCUGCUGGCAAGGUCAUCCUGGGUGGCAGCGUCUAGUUUAGGCCUAGAGAACAUUUGUACCAAGGGCUGGGAUGUAGUUCAGUGGCAAAGCACUUGGCCUAGCAAGUGCAAUGUCUUGGGUUUGAUCCCAGUUCC